AUGGAGGUCGCUCGUACUGCUGGUGCUGGAGCUGCUGGUGCUGCUGACGCUACUGGAGGUGCUGCUGGUGCUGGUGGUACUGCUGGUGCUGCUGGAGCUGCCGGAGGUGCUGCUGGUGCUGGGGCUGCUGGAGCUGCUGGAGGUGCUGCUUCUUCUGGAGGUGCGGCUGGUGCUGCGGACCCGGGCGUUGGAGUUGCUGCUGGUGCUGCGGACCCUGGAGUCGGAGCUGUUGCUGGUGCUGCGAACCCUGGAGUUGGAGCUGCUGCUGGUGCUGAGGAACCUGGAGGUGGAGCUGCUGCUGGUGCUGAGGACCCUGGCGCUGGUGUCUCUGCUGGUUCUGGAGACGCUGCGCGGCCGCGGCCGUACUUCGUUCCGCUCCUUCAGCAGGUUCUUGGUCAGCCUCCUCCUCCUUGUCCUCCUCCCUCCUUAGAGUGUCCUCCGUCUGUCCAGUCGCAGUCACAGUUACCGUCUGACUCCCCUCUCCCUGGUCCUUCUCCUUACACUGGUCCGACUAGAGGUCUUACGGAGCGUCGUGAGCCUGAGUCUCGUCCUGCGUCGCCUAAGUCUCGUCGAGCGUCGCCUGUUCGUGCUGCUCACACUGGUCGUCGUGUCCCGCGUCAGCGUCCUCCUGCUGUCCCAGGCACUCACCAGAUGGCGCUUCGUCCUUCCACUGCUCCCCAGCGUGUCCCUCUCCCGUCUCCUCCUGCGUCCUCUCUUCCUGCUCUUGCUGACCCUGAGUCUGACUCCCUUCGUGCUGCCAGUCCUACUGUCACACGUCUCCUGGCUACUGUUGUCACUGACCCUUCCUUUGAGUCCACUGCUGCGUCUGCCUUAGUUGCCGAGCUUGUCGACUUUGCUGCCACUUGUCGUCUAGACUACGCCGCUAGCCUAGUUGCUGAGUCUGAGUCUGUCUGUCCUCCGUCCGUCGGGGGUGAGUGUGCUCUUGGCACGGACGUCCUUGAGGACAGGCAGGAGGAGUUUGAGUGCUUUGCCGCUGCUUUACCUCAUCUCGUGUCCAUGCUAGUUGCCCCUGAGGGAGACCCGGAUGCACCAGACAUCCCGACUCCGCGCUCUUACGCAGAGGCGAUAGAGGGUCCCUACUCCUCUCAGUGGCAGACAGCCAUGGACGCAGAGAUGGCUUCCUGGAAGUCCACAGGCACCUACGUCGACGAGGUUCCCCCACCUGGGGCGAACAUCGUCAGUGGCAUGUGGAUUUUCAGGGUGAAGCGGCCGCCGGGUUCUCCGCCUGUCUUCAAGGCGCGUUACGUUGCACGAGGCUUCAGUCAGCGAGAGGGAGUUGACUUCUUCCAGACCUUCUCCCCGACCCCGAAGAUGACCACUCUUCGGGUUCUGCUGCACGUCGCCGCUCAGCGUGACUACGAGCUCCACUCUCUUGACUUCAGCACUGCUUUCCUACAGGGCAGCCUGCACGAGGAGAUCUGGCUGCGCCGCCCACCUGGCUUCACUGGGUCGUUCCCUCCUGGUACCCAGUGGAGCCUCCGGCGGCCAGUCUACGGUCUCCGACAGGCGCCACGUGAGUGGCACGACACACUGAGGACUACACUUGCGGCUCUUGGGUUCGCUCCUUCUACUGCUGACCCGUCGCUGUUUCUACGCACCGACACCUCGCUGCCGCCGUUCUACAUCCUCGUGUACGUCGACGACUUCGUCUUUGCCACUGCUGACACUGCGGCACUCGCCCACGUGAAGUCGGAGCUGCAGAAGAGACGCACGUGCACAGUCCUGGGUGAACUGACAAGCUAUCUUGGCUUGCGGAUCACCCGAGACAGAGCACGGCGCACCAUCACCUUGACUCAGUCACACAUGGUGCAGCAGGUCCUUCAGCGCUUCCGCUUCACGUACUCCUCGCCUCAGCCCACUCCUCUGCCUACCGGUCACUCGCUCUCAGCUCUGCCUUCGGAUGAGUCCGUAGAGCCGAGUGGCCCGUAUCCAGAGCUUGUGGGCUGCCUCAUGUACCUGAUGACCUGCACUCGACCUGACCUUGCAUACCCUCUUAGCAUCCUUGCACGCUAUGUCGCUCCUGGCCGUCACCGGAAGGAGCACAUGGAUGCCGCUAAGAGGGUGUUGCGCUACUUGUGCAGUACGUCGGGCAUGGGGCUAGUGCUUGGAGGACGAGACCGAGUUGUACUCACUGGGCACUCAGACGCGUCUUGGGCUGACGACCAGGCUACUCAGCGGUCGUCUCAGGGUUACACCUUCAGCCUUGGCUCUGGUUCAGUUUCUUGGCGUUCUACACGCUCGUCUUCUGUUCUCAGCUCCAGUUGUGAGGCUGAGAUCUACGCCACAGCCAUGGCUGCACAGGAGUUACGCUGGCUCACCUACCUGCUGACCGACUUGGGAGAGCGGCCUCGUUCUCCUCCAGUGCUGUACGUCGACAACAAGGCUGCCAUUGCCUUGUGUGAGGAGCACAGAAUGGAGCACAGAAUGAAGCAUAUCGCUCUGCGCUACUUCCUUGCUCGAGAGCUGCAGCAGCGCGGUCAGCUUCGUCUGCGUUACGUGGCCACUCGGGCCAACACUGCUGAUGUGUUCACCAAGGCGCUUCAGCCUUGUAACCAUCAGCGCUUCUGUACUGUUCUAGGCCUCGUGCCUACUGGGCCUCACUUGCUUACUUCUUGA